AAGACAUCAAAACUAUGAAAUAACACAUGGAAUCAUGUAGUUACCCAAAAAGUGUUAAACAAAUCAAAAUAGUUUUUAUAUUUGAGAUUCUUCAUAUAGCCAUCCUUUGCCUUGACAGCUUUGCACACUCUUGGCAUUCUCUCAACCAGCUUUGAGGUAGUCAUCUGGAAUGCAUUUCAAGUAACAGGUGUGCCUUGUUAAAAGUUAAGUAUUGGAAUUUAUUUCCUUAAUGCGUUUGAGCCAAUCAGUUGUGGUAUACAGAAGAUGGAUAAAAUCUGACCCUGAGCAAGGCCGUUAACCCACUGUUCCCCGGGCGCAGAUGACAUGGAUAUUGAUUAAGGCAGCCCCCUCACCUCUGAUUCAGAGGGGUUGGGUUAAAUGCGGAAGACACAUUUCAGUUGAAUACAUUGUUGUACAACUGACGUCCCCCUUGUCUUACCUGUCCUUUCCUGCAAUGGUGAGUUGCUUUUGAGUUUGAUGUUAUUACACGCCUUCCCAGAAGAAAAUCUGAUUCACAUACAACACUAUAUAGUUAUCAAAAAGGAGGACCAAGGCACUAUUCAUGUUAUUAAAAUGCCUUUAUUUGUAUGGCAUGUACAUCUUUUUGAUGACCAAAGAGCACCUUCUGUCUACCAAAACCUAUUGUGUACCUUAGCAGUAAUUCCCUUCCUCCCUUUUUUUCUAUCUCGUUUUAGAUGGUUAGCAGGCGGUAGUCCAAGACUUCUACAUGUGUUAUUCAAUGGGAUGUUCAUAAUUAGAUGCUCAUAGUGUGUUUGUUCAUCCAGAUACACCCAGCCCCCUGCAGACCUGGUGGACUGGUAUGAUGUUUUCCUGGAUGAUGAGGAGAUGCCCCUUGUGCAGCAGGUGAAUUGGAUAAUGUAUCUCUCAGCACUGUUGGUUUGCGUGUGUGAGUGCAAAACGGCUGUUCAGUUCUCUACCCAUUCAAACCUGGUCUCUCUGUAGCUGGUGUGCACCUACCUACUUAUUUACCUCCUCCACUCUGUACUUGCACUGUGGCCAAUGUCUCCCUGGACUGUCGAGGAAGGAGGAAGCACAACUCUUCUCUUGAAACCUUUCUUCACUGUCCACGGAUCCAUCUCCAUUGUUUAAAGUCGUUUUCUCUCCUUGUUUCACCUCCACCUUUACUACUCAUUUUGAUGCUAGUGCAGAUGGUGGAGAAGAGGAAGCCACUUUAGACUAUUGAGAUGCACCCCAGGUUUUCUGUUAUUUUGACAACAUACACAAUAUAUACAAAAGUAUGUGGACACCACUUCAAAUUAGUCGAAUCGGCUAUUUUAGCCACACCCUUAGCCGAUGGUAUAAAAUUGAGCACACAGCCAUGCAAUCUCCAUAGACAAACAUUUGCAGUAGAAUGGCCCGUACUAAAGAGCUGAGUGACUUUCAACAUGGUGCCGUCAUAGGAUACCACCUUUCCAACAAGUCAGUUCCUCACAUUUCUGCCCUGCUAGAGCUGCCCCGGUCAACUGUAAGGGCUGUUAUUUUGAAGUGGAAACAUCUAGGAGCAACAACGGUUCAACGGCAAAGUGGUAGGCCACACAAGCUCACAGAACAGGACCGCUGAGUGCUGCUGCGUGUAAAAAUCGUCUGUCCUCAGUUGCAACACUCACUACUGAGAUCCAAACUGCCUCUCGAAGCAACGUCAGCACAAUAACUGUUCGUCGGGAGAUUUAUGGGUUUUCAUGAAAUGGGUUUCCAUGGCCGAGCAGCCGCAUGCCUUAGAUCACUAUGCUCAAUGCCAAUCGUCAGCUGGAGUGGUGUAAAGCUCACCGCCGUUGGACUCUGGAGCAGUGGAAACGGGUUCUCUGGGGUGAUGAAUCACGCUUCACCAUCUGGCAGUACGACGGAAGAAUCUGUUUUUUGCCGAUGCCAGCAGAACGCUACCUACCCAACUGCGUAGUGCCAACUGUCAAGUUUUUGUGGUGCUGUUUUUCAUGGUUCGGGCUAGGCACCUUAGUGAAGGGAAUAUUAACUAAUUAAUUAAUUCUAGACAAUUUUGUGCUUCCAACUUUGUGGCAACAGUUUGGGGAAGUCCCUUUCCUGUUUCAGCAUGACAAUGUCCAUGUGCGCAAAGUGAGGUCCAUACAGAGAUGGUUUGUCGAAAUCGGUGUGGAAGAACUUGACUGGCCUGCACAGAGCCCUGACCUCAACCCCAUCGAACACCUUUGUGAUUAAUUGGAACACCGACUGCGUGCCAGGUCUAAUCGCCCAACAUCACUAAUGCUUUUGUGACUGAAUGGAAGCAAUGUUCUAACAUCUAGUGGAAGCCUUCCCAGAAGAGUGGAGGCUGUUAUAGCAGCAAAGGAGGGACCAACUCCAUAUUUAAUGACUUUGGAAUGAGAUGUUUGAUGAGCAGGUGUCUACAUACUUUUGGUGAUGUACUGUAUCUUUGUAAGAGAGCUCAGUCUAAGUACAGACUCUUGAGGACAGCCAGACAGAUUAGAUGCCAGCAACUAUUUUUCCAUUUCCCUAUUAUUAUUUCCUAUAUCAGGCACUAAGCUACAUUUUUAUGCAAACACAUGAUAAUGAUUCAUAUGUGUGCAUAUUAAACUAGAUGAAAACAGAGGUGAAGUUUCAGUACAUGGUCAUCACAAAUUAUAUUUGAUUUCUAAUUGAGUGAUGGAGGCAAGUGUUAAAAACCAGGGACUAGGAAGAUAAUCCUGUAAAUCGCGCUGGAUAAGUGUCUGCUAAAUGCCAAACAUUUAAAUGAAUGAAUAAGAUUCUAAAUACAAUCAAUGCCUUUUGUACUUCUGUUUGCAUCUGUGUUAAUAAGGUUUUGAAUACCCCCCUCCUAAUGUUCUCAGGAGCUGGAUGUGAAGGCCGGAGGUGGCUGCGUUAUGACAAUCGGAGAGAUGGUCCGGUCGUUCCUCACCAAGCUAGAGUGGUUCUCCACUCUCUUUCCACGCAUUCCGGUUCCAGUGCAGAAGAUGAUCGACACGCAGAUGAAGGCAAGGCCCCGGAAGGUUCCCGAGAAGGUAGAGGAGCCGGAGGAACCACCAACAGAGGGGCGAGCAACGGAGGGCCGUAGACGCUCCAGGAGCCCCAGGCGUACCCCGAGCCCCAGGAGGACUCCCAAGCGGUCGAGGAGCCGGAGCCACCACCGCGAACGAGAGCGCCACGGCCCCAGCUUCGACCGCGAGCUGGAGAGGGAACGCGACCGCCAGAGGAAAGAGCGGGACUCUGGGGAUGGGAAAGGAGAAGAGCGGGAGAGGCGUCGGUCCCGGAGCGCAGACCGUACCCAGGAGCGCCGGGAACGUCGCGGGAGCCGGGAACGCAAGGGAGAGCUAAAAGACAGGGAGAAAGAUGCGCAUGGGGGUGUGGAGAAUGACAGGAGGAAGGACAGGGAGUACCAUAAAGAUGGGGGCAGCGAGAGGGAGAGGUCCAAGGACAAGAGGAGCAAGGGAGAGGCGGAGGACAGGAGACAAAAAGAAGCGCGAGAUGAGAGGGGUCACAGGGAGGAGAGGAAGGCCAAGCGCUCCAGUCGGAGUGCAAGCAGGGAAAGGAGACACAAGAAGUCCAUAAAGCGGCAAGUCAAAGAAGAGCGCAGAGGCAAGGCUGAGGUAGGGGAGGACAAGGAGAAGUCCAUAAAGCAGCAAGUCAAAGAGAGCAGAGGCAAGGCUGAGGUAGGGGAGGACAAGGAGAAGAGUAGGAAGAAGCAGUGCAGCCGGGAGGGGGAGCAACGCUCGCACAAACACAGCCGCAGUAAAGAGCGGCGCCAUCGGCCACAUGAGCCCAGCAACGGGAAAGACCACGGGAAACACGGAGAGCGCAAAACGAGCCAGAGCACAGAGCGAUGAUUGCGAACUAGUGCUGAGCCCCCCCUAGCGCAAUUCACAACUCUCCCUCCAUCCUUUUUCUUCCUUACAUUUUUUUACUUGAUCAUGUCGCUUGUUUAAAAUUAAAAAAAAACGUUAUCACAAAAUCACCUGAACUUGUCUUUGGCCAACGUAACUUUGUGUAGAUCUUUCUCUGCCUUUUCAUCCCUUUCUAGACCAGCGUUACUCUUCUCUCUACUGUAGUCAUUUCAAUCUUUAUGGUACUUUGUUUUUGUGUCUGUAAAGUUCCAAAUUGCUUUGUACAUAUGGAUCUGAGAAUGUUUUAAAUCUUAGAGAAACCUCCAAAGGGGAAUUUGUACUACGCACUGAGCCGUGCUGUAUUUGGUCAAUUGCUCUGUUGCAUUUUGUUUUCUAAUAAAACAACUUUUAUGGAA